CGGAAGUAGGGCGCUUAGUUUUGCUGCCGGGAGUUGGUCGAGAGUUGGGUUCAGUCCUGGGCCGUUGUGGGGACGGCACGCGGGGGAAGGGGAGGGGACGGAGACCGAAGAACGGAAGUCCUUAUGUUUCUUUUCUUUACUUAAAUCUCCUGCCCGGCCUGAAGAGGCCGGAAGUUGCAUCUCUGGACAAGUAAACUCUGAGACCUGAGAAUGGCGAGCGGGACCCGCUCCUCCCUUGGGGUCUAGAGGAGACCCCCGGAGAUGGUCACUGGUGAGCAGCGUGAUGGUGGAAAGCUGGACUGGCCUCCCGAAAGGCAAAGCCGAGGCUUCUUCCUCUGAACUUUUGGCACGUUCUUUGACUUGCCUGUGGCCUUAGUGUCAGUCCUGUAUUGCACAUUUAUGUCUGUGAUGCAUUUCUCCAUCUGGGCCAGCUGAGGGGCCCACGGACAUAGGGCACCCACAAUAGGCGUGUGUCUGCCGUGUGUUUGUGUUCGGCCAUCCUGCUUCUCUGCUUCCACACGUACACACGCCCCUGUGUUACUUUGGUUCAUCUUCUGUACUCUGUCAGUUUUCUGCUGGUCAGAACAUCUGUGACUGUGACAGAGCCGUCCAGGAUUGCAGUGGAUAGGAAUUUCUUCACAUGGCUCCUGAAGAAGUGACCAUCACAGUUCGCCUCAUCCGUUCCUUUGAACAUCGCAAUUUCAAACCUGUAGUGUAUCACGGAGUGAAUUUGGACCAAACUGUAAAGGAAUUUAUCGUAUUUCUAAAGCAAGAUGUCCCUUUAAGGACCAGCCUGCCACCACCAUUCAGAAAUUAUAAAUAUGAUACACUAAAGAUUAUUCAUCAAGCACAUAAAUCAAAGACAAAUGAACUUGUGUUGAGUUUGGAAGAUGAUGACAGACUCCUGCUGAAAGAAGACAGCACUCUGAAAGCAGCUGGAAUCGCCAGUGAAACUGAAAUUGCAUUCUUCUGUGAAGAAGAUUAUAAGAACUACAAAGCUAAUCCCAUUUCAUCCUGGUGAAAACAUCUGGCUUCCUUUUUGCAUACCUGUAUUAAGCUCUUUAUUCCACUGCUGAGUUUUUGAAAUUGACAAACAAAUCUUAAAAAAUUAAUCCCAGGCCAUACUCUUUGAGCUAAAAUAUGGUGAUUUCUUUCUCUUCAGGUCUUUUUUUCCUUCUCUCUUUCUUUUUCUUUGUUGUUGUAAAAUAAUAUAUUAUGAGAAAAACAUUUGAUCUUUUUAAAGGGAAAUAAAUUGUUAUUAAAAAUUA